AUUAAAUAUCAUAAAUCAUAGACCCUUCGACACAACAUUGCCUAACAAAUAUUCUUAAAUAUUAUACUACAUAUCGUUAAAAAAGAUUAUAUUUUAAAAAGACAAAAUGCCGCGCCGUAAGCCAACCAUUAAGACCGAUGUGAUCGGCGAUUUGGACCUCAACCCAGAGGUGGCCAUCGAUGAUUACCGCGUCUCUCGCCAGCAGGAUCAGUUCUUCGUAAAACCGCCCAACUGGGAUUCUGCUGGCGAUACAAUUGAAAUGCUGUAUAUAGCCAAUCUCCGGGAAUACGAUGCCAUGAAACAGGUUCAGUCGCAACUUCUGAAAGAUGCCAAACGCCAGACGGCAAUGAAUGUGCAGCGCAUCCGUAAGAUGUAUAAAAUUCAGGAGCGCCUGCGCAAACGCUUUGUGGAGGUUAACGGGUUCAUCAAGGAUUGUGCGGACAAGAAGCGCAGUGCCGACAAAUCGAUUCGCGAGGAAACCGUUCUCCACGAAGAGCUUACCAAGGAGAUAGACGAGUGCAAGAUCUCCGUCGCCGAGCUGGGCACCUUUCGCAACGCCCUCAAGGCCACUGUCGACCAAUAUCAGCCCUAUGAAAGGGUUCUGGAGGAGGUGGUCAAAGUAUCUAAUAUCUUUACAUCGACUAAGGACUGCAUCGACCGCUGCGAUGCUUUAAUGCUUGCCCAGGUGGAGAUCAACAAACUGGAGAGCCUGAAACUCAACGAGAUCGAAGAGAUGCGCCAGCGAAUGGUUCAGAUCACCAGCGAUGCGGCUUUGACCGUCUUGGGUCUCAAAAACGAUUUGGCCCGACUGGAUCGUUCGUAUGUCAACUCUCGAGCCACUUGCCUCAAAUGGGAGAAGAUCCUGAGCACCUGCAAGGACACCACAUCGCACUACAAUCUCGACAAGGAACGCAUGUUAGAUGGCAUCCAGAUUCUCUACCGCAUGCUCUGCAAGCGCCGAGACAUUGUUCCCAGCUAUCAUAGCUACGAGAUCGAUCACAUUAUGACCUUCGCCAUGCGCGAAAUCAGCCUUCUUUCUGCUGUCCUCCAGGAAUUGGAGGCCAACAAGGGCGAUAAGGUCGGCGCAGGACGUUUGUGCUAAAUGGAAGAUAUAUUAUAUUUUUAGGGGGACAUGGAUAAAUAUAUUGUUUUC